GAGAAUCGAUAUGUUUUUAUUGAAAGUGAGUCUGCUAGUUACCUGCGUGGUAGCUGGAAGAGAACACGCCACAGAUAUUGAAAUACAACAAGUCGAAGUUUUUGAAGUGCCAUGGCAAGAAGAGCCCUCUGAGCCACAACAGCCGCAGCAGCCACCACAGCCAGGAUAUGGACCACCUCAACAGGAGUACGGGCCUCCCAAGGCGGAGUAUGGACCACCUCAGCCGGAAUAUGGCCCACCUCAACAUGAGUAUGGUCCACCUCAGCAGGAAUAUGGUCCACCCCAGCCGGAGUAUGGGCCUCCCAAGCCGGAGUAUGGACCACCUCAGCCGGAAUAUGGACCACCUCCUGUGUACGGACCUCCUGCAAAAGAAGCUACCACCACAGAAUCUGGAACCACAACAACAGACUUACCAACAACUACAGACUAUCCUGUCAAUGGAACUAGCAGGAGAUUCGAAAAACUUCAGAAAGAGGAUGGCCUGUCUCAGAGAGGUGUGUACUACAUCUAUCAUCCUGAAGGAUUAUUACAAAGGGUGGUUUAUUCUACCAAAGACGAUGUGAGGAAGAUGGAGUAUAGCGCGAAAUUGAAGUACGAGAAUGUUGAGCCUGUUCGAGGACCUAUCUACAGCUAUGAUCCCAGGAGCUUUGAAUUCCAGAGGAUUGCAAAGUGAGGGAGAAUAUUUGUCGACCAGAAAUAUGUUUAUUUUUCAAAAUGAUUUAUUGAUUAUAUGUUAUUAACAA